AUGUCUCCCAACAUCAACAUCAACGCGGUCCCAUGCGGCGAUGCCUCCCACUCCGCCGUCUCCUCGAUCACCGGCCUCGAGAUGCACAUCCGCGCCAACUGCAAGAUCCCCAAGACCGGCAAGCAAGUCAAAGACGGCCGCUACUGGACCUUGCAAACCUCCCACCAGCCCAACGCCAUCGACGCAGGCAUGCUCGACGCCUUUCACCAGUCGGCUCUGGAUGCCUGGAAGAAGGGACUGUACCCGAAGGAGGCCGGAGUCAAACUCGGCGGUAACUACGGGGUCAUGUCGAUGAAGGAAGAGACCGAGUCCGACGACGAUUGGGAGAUGGUCGACAAGAAGGAUGCCGAGGAGGAGGAGGUGAAAUCGGCGAGUGGAAAGCAUGUUCACUGCCUCCGCUCUGGACUGCAGUAG